GGGCGGAGCAGGCGGCGGCGGCAGUGGCGGCGCAGCCCGCUGGAGUAGUGACCGGCCGUCCCCCUCACCCCGUUACUACGAGCCCACCGCCUCCGUCUCCGCCCCGUGGCCUCCGGGCCCUGCCCGGGGGUGGGGGAACCUCCUCGCUGAGGACCGCCCCCCUCGCCUCCCCUCCUCUUCCCUCCGGCGCGGCACCCCGGCCCCGGCGGGGACUAUGCGGAGAUGGUCGUCCCGACCCGAGGCAGGAACAAAGAGUCGCCGCCGCUCAAGCCCGGGCAACAGCAGCACCAGUCGCCGGGCGCCAGCCCCAGGAGCGGCCGCGGGCGCCCGCCGCACUCGCCCGGCAGGCAGGUCCCCGGCGGGGCCCGCGCCAUGCGGAAGGGAGGCGGCGGCCGGCGGGGAGCCAGGAGCGACCCCCAGAGACCCUGCAGGGAGGGGCCCGCGGCUGAGGGGGAGCGGGACGCGCUGGGCCGCGGCCCCCUGAGGCUCCUGCGCGUCUGCAGAGACCGGCUCCGAGUAUUUGUUGAUGACAGAAAGGCCUUUAUCAUAAAAUCCGAUAGCAAGAUGUGGCUCACUUUCCUUCUGGCUCCUAACUUUUGCACCUAUGAGCAAAACAGUUACCUAGCCGAUGGUGGGAGUGCUCAUCCUUCCUCUUCCGUCAUGGUGCAGGUGUCCCCUGUUUCACACUGGGAAGCACAAAAGCCUCACCAGCACAGCUGCUGCUGGAUCUGCUUCCAAAACUUUUUGGCUGCUUUUGCAGGAGUCCUGCAUUGGUGUCACAUAACAACUCUUUUUGAAAAUGACCGUCAUUUUUCUCACCUGUCCACGCUAGAAAGAGAAAUGGCUUUUCGCACGGAAAUGGGUCUUUAUUAUUCCUACUUCAAGAUCAUUAUUGAGGCACCAUCAUUUUGGAAUGGAGUAUGGGCAAUUAUGAAUGACAGACUAACUGAAUAUCCUUUAGUGAUUAACACCUUACAAAGGUUCAAUCUUUACCCAGAGGUGGUCCUUGCCAGCUGGUACCGCAUAUAUACUGCCAUUAUGGAUUUCCUUGGUGUACCGACAAAGACAUGUUGGACUGUAAACAGAGGAAAAGGGCUUAGUCCUGUUGAAAGCUGUGAGGGCUUGGGAGACCCUGCUUCCUUUUACGUUGCCGUGAUUUUUCUUUUGAAUGGAUUGAUGAUGUCACUGUUCUUCAUAUACGGUACAUACCUCAGUGGGAGCCGUCUUGGAGGCCUUGUUACCGUGAUGUGUUUCUUUUUCAACCAUGGAGAGUGCACUCGUGUCAUGUGGACUCCACCUCUUCGUGAAAGUUUCUCAUACCCAUUCCUUGUGCUUCAGAUGUUGCUUUUGACCUAUAUUCUCAGGAUUCCGAAUGUUAAUACAGGAAGCUUGAUUGCACUGUGUGUUUCUAAUAUCUUUUUCAUGCUUCCCUGGCAGUUUGCUCAGUUUGUUCUUCUAACACAGAUAGCUUCAUUAUUUGCUGUGUGUAUUAUGGGUUAUAUUGACUCCGGCAAAUUACAGAAGAUACUCUCUGCUCAUAUGGUAUCUCUUGUAGUGUGUUUUAUUCUGAUGUUUGGUAAUUCAAUGUUGUUGACAUCAUAUUAUGCUGCAUCUUUAGUAGUUAUCUGGGGAAUUCUUGAAUUGAGUCCAAAAGUCUUGAAAAGCAGCAGAAGAGAAGUCUAUAUAUGGGUCAUUGAAGGAUGUGCCUGGUUAUUUGGGACAGUCACCUUGAAAUACCUAACUUCUUUAGCAUUUGAAAUAGCUGAUGAUGCCCAUAUAGGAAAUAUAUUAAAGUCUAAAUUUAUUGGCUACAAGGAUUUUGAUACAUUAAUGUAUACCUGUGCUGCAGAGUUUGACUUCAUGGAAAAAGAGACUCCAGUAAGAUACACAAAGACUCUGCUAUUACCAGUUGUUCUGGUGGUUUUUGGGGUAGUCAUCAAAAGGGCAAUUAAGUAUCUUAUGUGGGCCUUAUCUCAGGCGGGCCAAUGUGAAAGAGAGGAACGUUUUAAUCAUGGUGAGCUGGUAUACCAUGCAUUGCAGCUGUUGGCAUACAGUGUCCUAGCAAUUUUAAUCAUGAGACUAAAACUGUUUUUGACACCACAUCUAUGUGUUAUGGCUUCCUUGGUGUGUUCAAAGCAGUUGUUUGGAUGGCUCUUCUGUAAAAUCCAGCCCAAAACAUUGGUCUUUGCUAUUUUAGCAUUGAUGGCAAUAGAGGGAUCAGCAAACCUUCAAACUCAGUGGAACAUCAUGGGAGAAUUUAGCAAUUUGCCACAGGAGGAACUCUUAGAGUGGAUAAAAGUCAAUACCAGACAAGAUGCAGUUUUUGCAGGAGCAAUGCCUACAAUGGCAAGUGUUAAACUGUCUACACUUCGUCCUAUUGUAAAUCAUCCUCACUAUGAAGAUGCAGGAUUAAGGGCCAGAACUAAAGUAGUGUAUUCCAUGUACAGUCGAAAACCUGCAAAAGAAGUAAAAAGAGAAUUGAUAAAACUAGGAGUUAAUUACUACAUUCUGGAAGAGUCAUUGUGCGUAAGCAGAAAAAAGCCUGGUUGCAGUAUGCCUGAAAUUUGGGAUGUCGAAGAUCCUGCUAAUAGUGGCAAAAUUCCUUUAUGUACCCUUAUGAGCAAGGAUUCCAGGCCAUAUUUCAUCACAGUAUUUGAAAAUAGCAAUUACAGAGUCUUGAAGGUUCUAAAGGAGUAACAUCGCAGUGCAAAGAACCAUCAGUCUUUCAACUUUUUAAACUAGUAACUAGAAGAAUUCUAAAUCAGAAAUACCUUUUCUACUAGACUUAAGAUGGAAGAAUGUGUAUUUUAUUUUUUACCAUUUUAAGUGAAUUCUGAUUAUAGAAAUAUCUUAAACCUAACAGUUUGGAUUUCUAUUUCGGGGUCAGUCCCUUGAGAUUUGCUAUGCAAAUGAUUAUAUGUUUGCACAUUUUGUUUAACACUGAAUCAGAAAGAGUUAAAAGUAGCUAUGGAAAGUAACUCCAUUCUCAAAACCAAUGAUAUUGUGAAAUGGGACUGUCAGAAUGUCUUAGCAAAGCAAGUUUGUUUAAAGCUUUGGUGCUAGCAGCUAGGAACAAAAGGAAUGGUGCUAUAGCAUCUGGCGUCACAUUUCUCAUGUCACUUUCAUUACCCAUCUCCCUUCUGGACAACGUGAUACUAGAAAUUCUCUUAAAAGUCAUGUAGUUUCACUAGUCGCCUGAGAAAAAUACAUUUUUUUUUCUUUGAGAGGAUUAAGAACAUUCAUCAUUUUGGAUCACUUUAACACAUGCUUUUAAGCUUGCUCUUGAAAUGGAAAAGUUUGUAGGCAGACUUGAAACUUCAUUAUUUAGGUGCAUGUUCUUGGAAUCUUACUGAUAUUAAAAAAGACUAAUAAGGGUAAUAUUUGCAGUGAGCAAUAGUUUAGCUUCUCAGUGUCCAAGGAUUUUUAGCAUUCUUAUGCAUUCAGAAUAAGCUGGCGUAAUAUACGUGAAGUUUUUAAGGGAAAAUGCUUUAUUCAGGAAAAAUCUGUCAUAGCCUUAGAAAGAUAGUAAAUAAAUCCUUCACUGCCUUAACUAGACCUUCAGCGCCUAACUUGAUAAGAAAUUACUUGCAAAAUUUAUGCCCUAUUUUCUUUCCCCAUGUAUUAGAUCCUGCCUGGAUUUUAUCAGCAGCAUUAAAGAAAAAUGAGAUUUAACCAUAAUUGUGAUAUGGGUAUAGUCAAUUGUUUGGGUAUAAUUGCUCUGACAAUAUUAGACUGGUUCUGUAGUUUUUCUGUCAUCUCGGUGUCACGUCAAUAUUAUAGGUAAUAAAGAAUUUAGAGAAUUCACUUUCCGAGGACACCCUUUAGUUGUUUAACUGACUUGAUAGAAUUUUUAUAUGUUUAUUGCCCUUGGGAAGUAUCACAGUCAGUUGUGAUUCUACAGUAUAAGACUUCUAAAGUCUAGUGCUUCUCUGUGUAUCAUUCAUGUUUUGGUUUUGUUUUGGCUUGGGGUUUUUUUGUGGUUUUUGUUGUUGUUUUUUUGGUUUGUUUUUUGUUUUAUUUUGGUUGGGUUUGGUUUUUGUUUUGUUUUGGUUUUUUUUGUUCGGCCAUCAGUCUAUUGAUAUGACUGGUCUUUUUAGCCCUAAUAGCAUCUAGCAAUAUUAGGUGCUGUGGGAAUAGCAUCCAUCACACCUAUAACAGUAUCAAUUAAAUGGGAACCUAUGAUAAAGUAGUAGUGUAACAACUGAUCAGUAUUCUAAGACUUCUUAUUUUUUUUAAAUCUGUUUUAUUGAGAGGGUGAGGGAGAAUGGCUGAAAAUGCAUUAGCUUUUUAACUUUUACAGAAUAGAUUUUGGAAAAAUUUCUAUAAGGAAACUAUCACAAAAAGGGCUUUUGGGAAGUCACUUUUUAAAAUGUUAAUUGAAUUCAAAGAAGCAGGAAAAAAUCUUUAUAUAAACAUUGUGACUAGUGUUACAACACAAAAAGGUACUGUAUUUUUUGAAGUUUAUGCCAACUGUUGACAUGUACUUAUGUGGUUAAAUAAAAAAGAAAAAGAUGGAAA